CUGGCCCAGGCUGCUAUGGAUAACUUAAGCAGAAUGGACAGCAACAGUAAGGUGGUUUACCUUCUAGAGGCUGGCAGUGCUCUUUCACUGGAGGACACAGGCAAGAAGGAAGUCCAGCAGCCUGCCAAGAUAAAAUGCCUUGAAGGAGAGGAAGAGGGAUCCUGGUCCAGUUGACUUUGAAUCUGAGGGACAGCCAAGCUGCCACUACCCUGGGUGUUAGAAUAGCUGGUCUUGCUGCCUCCUCCCACCUCCUCAAAAACACAGACCCUGGACUACCUGUCACCCAUCCCUUUCUGGCCAACAUUUCCCAGAGCCAGCUCUCCAGCACGGCAAUUUGGACCUCGGCUGGCUCCACCAGACCCAUCUCUCUUCUGCAGCCUGCUGACCUCGUGGCCCACUAGGUUCAGUCAUCUGACCCAGCUCCAUCCUCAGCACCAAAGGAUCUUACAGCAGCAGCAGCAGCAGCAGCAUAGUCAAACACCAAGAGAGCCCCACUUGCUGCUCACCACACACUUUGGGAAGUGGCAGUGGUGGGUAAGUCUAAGGGGUUGUUCCUCCUGGCUUAAAGUCCCCCAGCCAAGAAGCCUUGGUCUCAGCAGCCUGAUCCCUAUGCUAACCUCAUGACCAGAAAAGAGAAGGACUGGGUGAUAAAAGUGCAGAUGGUGCAGCUGCAGAGUGCAAAGCCCCACCUGGAUGACUACUACUACCAGGAAUAUUACCGCAAGCUAGAGAAGAAGCAGGCAGAUGAAGAGCUACUUGGACGAAGAAACCGGAUUAAGUCCCUCAGGCUGGUAACACCUUACAUUCAGAAGGCAGAGGCUUAUGAGUCAGUGGUCCGAAUCGAGGGUUCCCUGGGCCAGGUAGCUGUGUCAACAUGUUUCAGCCCUCGCCGAGCUAUUGAUGCUGUACCUCAUGGAACUCAAGAGCAGGAUAUAGGAGUUGCAAGCAGUCAGAGGCUUGGGGUAUUAUACCGGAUUGAGAAGAUGUUCCUUCAGUUACUAGAAAUAGAGGAAGGCUGCAAGGAUAGGCCUCCACAGCCCUGCUUUUCUGAGAAGCAAAGCAACCAGGUUGAGAAGCUGUUCCAGACCUUAAAAACGCAGGAGCAGAACAACGUGGAGGAGGCAGCAGAUGGCUUCCUGCAGGUGCUCUCUGUGAGGAAGGGCAAGGCCCUGGUGGCUCGGCUGCUCCCCUUCCUGCCCCAGGAUCAGGCUGUUAUCAUUCUAUUGGCUGUCACCCACCAUCUGCCCCUCCUGAUCCGGAGGGAUGUGGCUGAUCAGGCCCUACAAAUGUUGUUGAAACCUCUGGGCAAGUGUAUCAGUCACCUGACCCUCCACGAACUCCUCCAAGGACUUCAGGGACUAAUGCUGUCACCACCUGGCUCCUCAGAGCGGCCACUCACUGUGGUGCUUCAGAAUCAGUUUGGAAUAUCUUUGCUCUAUGGCCUGCUGAGUCAUGGGGAGCAGCUGGUAUCACUGGAUUCUUCCCUAGAGGAACCCAACACUGACCGUACAGCUUGGACAGACAUGGUGGUUCUGAUUGCCUGGGAGAUAGCCCAGAUGCCUGCAGCCUCUCUGGCAGAACCCCCGGCUUUCCCCAGCAACCUACUUCCCCUGUUCUGUCACCAUGUGGACAAACAAUUGGUUCAGCAGCUGGAGGCCAGGAUGAAGUUUGCCUGGAUCUAGUGAUCUGUUUGUUCUGGAAUACAUAUAUCUUGGAAGUUGAAUCAUCAGACACUAGCUGCAUAGACUAUGUUUACAGGGAUCCAGAGAGUCUGAAGACAUUUCUUACAUCUUCACAUAUUGGAGAACCCUUCCCCAAACAUUUUCAUAUCCUUUCUUCAAGAACCUAAAUGAUGUGCCUAAAAAUAAGACAUGGCAUAGUAAGAUAUAAUUAAAGAGCUAAGAGAA